AUGUCUGAAGAAGGGUCAUCGUCAUCAGAUUCUGAUUGGAUUUUGAUUGAAAAAGAGAUAAAUGAUUUUUUUAAACUUGAAGCUAAAAUUCAAAAUCUUCAAAUAACAUUUGUUGAAGUGAAAGAAAAGACUGUUAAUUUAGAAAAGAAAAAUGAUUAUCUUGAAAAUGAAUUUAAAAAAAUUCAAAAAACAAAUUUUGAUAACAAAAAUGAAAUUGAUGUAAUUAAACAUAAUUUUCAAAAAUUAAUUGAAGAAAAUAUUAAAAAAUCAAAAGCUAGAAAUAAUAAUUUUUUAAAACAAAAGUGUGAGAAUAUUAAUUAUUUGGAGGAAGAAAUUAAAAAGGUAAUUUUUUAA